UCUCUCUCUCUCUCUCUCUCUCUCUCUCUCUCUCUCUCUCUCUCUCUAAUCUUUUCUUCAUCAAUGGCGCUCCGAAGGACUCUAGCGAAGCGCCUAUUCGACCAAAACAGAGACCUAUCACCACUCACAGCUCUAUACUCAGAACACUCACCAAUUUCAUCACCAUCGAUCAAGAACACCGUUGUCCCUCCAAAUGCGGCUAAAACAAGCUUCCAUCGCGAGUUCAUUACCUCGCCGGACUCCGCCGAGACCGGAUUUUUCCGGCGAUUCCUCCAACGGCGAGGAAUGAUAAACCAAUCAGCAAGACUGCCAGAGUUCCUUAGUCUUCCCGUUGGUGAGAAACUGAGAGAGAAGCUGAGAUCAGUGAACAUUGCCGGUGAUCAUCGUCUCCGGCUUGAAGGACUGAGUCCUCCGAUGCCGGCGACGGUGAAGUCACUGGAAGAUUCUGUUGGAGAACUAUCGGUUCAUGAUGCGAAGAAGAUUUUGAGGUCUUCGCAGAUGGAGAAGCUGAGAUCGAGGCUGAGAACAAUUCCGGUGAACUCAAUUUCGUACAGCGAGUUUGUUCAGAUUUGUGUUGAUCUGUGUUCGAAUCGGGAACAAGGGUCGGAUUUUGCGAAGACGUUGGAUGAGUCUGGAAACGUCAUCGUUUUGGGCAACGUUGUGUUUCUCCGGCCGGAGCAGGUAGCAAAAUCCAUGGAGAAAAUAAUUUAUCUAUCCACAGCCAUACCAAACGACCCAAGAAUAAAAGAACUCGAAAAAAUGGAAAGAGAAAAGGCGAUAAUUGACGAGAAAGCCGGGUCUUUGGUCCGAGGAGAGCUCUACUGUGGGCUGGGCUUCUUAGUUCUCCAAACACUGGGCUUCAUGAGGCUCACUUUCUGGGAGCUGACUUGGGAUGUGAUGGAGCCCAUUUGCUUCUUUGUCACCUCACUUCACUUUGCUCUUGCAUAUGGCUUCUUCCUCAGGACUUCCACAGAACCAUCUUUUCAGGGCUACUUCCAACGCCGUUUUCUGGUGAAGCAGAAGAAGCUCAUGAAGAUUCACAACUUCGAUAACGACAAGUAUAACGAGCUCUGCAAAGCUUUUUAUCCUAGCUAUUGCAACCUCGCGGACCCGGGACAUUUCCGGGCGUCUGAUCAUGCAUCAGGGGCAGUUUUUGGUUCCAUGCAUCAAUGACAGUGUUUAUAUAAUAUAAGUAAUUUUCGAGGUUGAGAACAAUACUAACAGCUGAUUGUAUAGACGUAAUGAGAAGCUUCCCCUUUUGUGUAUCAUAAAGAAGUUUUUUUUUCGGUUACCAUUACCUUUAGCUCUUGAAGACUUGAACCCAUCAAAUCUUCCUGGAUUUUCAAUCGUAAUUGCUUGGCUAACAAAAAC